AUGCACUGCCGCUGUCUGGCUGAGGGUAUCCCCUCAGUCUCCAGCUCCUACUGGAUCUCAGGUCUAGCCUUCCCAGACUGGGCUUAUAAGGCAGAGUCAUCCCCAGGCUCCCGGCAGAUCCAACUGUGGCAUUUCAUCUUGGAGCUACUUCAGAAAGAGGAGUUCCGCCAUGUCAUUGCCUGGCAGCAGGGAGAGUAUGGGGAGUUUGUCAUCAAGGACCCAGAUGAAGUGGCCCGCCUCUGGGGCAGAAGAAAGUGCAAACCCCAGAUGAACUAUGACAAGCUGAGCCGAGCCCUCAGAUAUUACUACAAUAAGAGAAUCCUGCACAAGACCAAGGGCAAGAGGUUUACUUAUAAGUUCAACUUUAGCAAACUCAUUGUUGUCAACUAUCCACUGUGGGACAUGCGGCCCCCACCCCCACCCCCUCUGUGGCUGGGCACCCCUGGCAUGUAUGGUCCAGCCUUGGUGCCCAUCGGUAUGCAGAAUGAGCUCCUCCACACUGUUCUGUUCACCCAUCGGGCAAUUAUGGAACAACUGGCUGGGCAGUGGAGUCCACAAAGCCCCCUAGACCCCACUGGGGAUAAGAAGGGAAGCAGCAACGGUGACCAUCGUCUUGCUUCUCCCCAAGCUCCUUGUCUGCUGAGCCCCUGCUACCAUUUCCAGAAUGUCCGGAAUGAACUCCCACCUCUCUCAGCUUUGACCCCUCCUCUCUCAACUCCCCUUCCAAAUGACUGGCCACGAUUCUCAGGGCCUUUCCUGCCCACUACCCUACCAGAGCAGCAGACCCCUGGGCCCUCUAAGACUGAUCCGAUAUUUGCAAUGGGAUUGCCCACUGGCAGAAAGAUUUUCCCAGGGUUUCCCCUGCUGACUGGGAUGGGAUCCGGAGCAGGAGAUAGGCUGAGGUUUCUAUCCCUGAGAUCUGAGGAGACUGAUGUAAAGCAGGAUCUGGGGUUGUCUAAACCCCUUACCGGCUUUGGGCUGAGAGUUCCUGAAGUUGCUGUUGCCACCAACAGGUGUAUGGACCCUGGGCAGGUCUUUACCCUGAUGCCACAGACUUCUCCUGCUGACCCCUUGAAUUUUCUUAGGCCAGAAAAAUAUCUCACCCUGACCUUGUAG